GAGUUUACAGUCUAUGUUCCUUUCCGGUUCAUUUUACUGGGCGAACCAACCGGAAGUGAUCGCUCCGUGGUGCUGUGUUGAGGUGGAGACAGUCGUGUAAUUUAUUUACAUCUCCUACCUUCGUGUUUGAAUUCCUAACAUUUUAUAGCCUCCAGGACUCAUUUCAGCAAGAAUGACAGACCGUUACAACAUCCACAGUCAGCUGGAGCAUCUCCAAUCAAAGUAUAUUGGCACAGGACACGCCGACACCAGCAAGUGGGAAUGGCUGGUCAAUCAGCAUCGUGAUUCCUACUGCUCCUACAUGGGACAUUUUGACCUGCUGAACUACUUUGCUGUAGCUGAGAACGAGAGCAAAGCGCGUGUUCGUUUCAACCUGAUGGAGAAGAUGCUUCAGCCAUGUGGACCACCAGCAGAUAAACCUGAUGAUGCCUAGAUCUCACUGGAGUGAGCAGUGGGUGCUUUUUGUCAGAAACAAAAAAUUUCCAACUAAAACUGCUACUUCGUCCUUGUUUGACUCCACCAUCACUGGAUUCCUUGUCUACUUAUAGAAGAGAAGACUUUUUCAUUUUUUGGUUUUAUAUGGACCAGAUCAAAAUAUUUUCUUGCCCAGCACCAUUUUCUAAACAGUUGUUUGAAGGUGAAAGUGCUUCAACAGCUGAACAUAUACCAGAGAACAUAAUAGAAAGCAGGUAUAAAGUGGUGUACUUUCAUCUGCAUGUGCUUGCAUUAAAGGAUGGAGAUGUAUUCUUGAUUUCAUUAAAAUUUGUCGUUUUCUA